UCUGAAGAGACCAGAGCACACUCCACCCUUCACUCAACUCAGCUCAAGGGAAAAAAAUGUUUUCUUGAACAGAAAAAAAAAAUUGAAAAUCAAAAAACAAGAAUACAGCUGAUGCAACCGAAUGCACCCAAAAAAUUGCCUAAUUUAAUAGCAUUAUCAGAUGCCAACCAUGCCUAGAGCGAGAAAAUUGUGGGCUAAUUCAAAUUUAGCCGCAUUAAUUAUCUGGUUAAUUUCUGCCUUGACUUUUUGGAUUCUGUUUCAGAUGCUUCUCCGCAGUUCAGCGCCCCCUUCUACGGGAUCAUCGAUCUCGUAUGAGGAACGAAGAACGAGAUUGUACGAUAAAUUGUCGAGGGAAUUGGACGAGAAAGGAGCUGCGUUUCUAAAAUAUGGUGAAACUUCACAGUCAUUGUCGCUCUCGGAUCUUUUUACCAUAAAAGAUGGAGCUGUGACACCUGUGCUUAAGGCAGCUAAUCCCCCGGUGAGAGCGAAUGUUUUGUAUAUGGGCCCUCAGUACUCUGUUCCUAUAGCGGAGGCUGUGAAGAGUAUACUUUCUCCAUAUUUUGAGAAAGCAAUCUGGUUUCAGAACUCUAGUUUGUAUCAUUUUAGCAUGUUUCAUGCUUCGCAUCACAUUUCUGGAGUUCCUGCCACAGAAGCAGAGAUCGAAGCAGAGGUAAAUGCUAUAAAAGCUGUUGCAGAAGGUCUCUGCCCAUUAAGAAUCUCCUUGGAUAGAGUAGUUUUGACUUCAACUGGGGUGCUUCUAGGUUGUUGGCAGGUGAACUCAGGUGUGGAUCCUGUUGUCCUUCGUGACAGAUUGAGAACUGCUCUUCCACAUGCACCACAAAAACAACUUUAUGAUGCUGCUAUUCUCCACACAACAUUAGCAAGGCUUCUCGGUCAACCUAAGUUGCCCAAGGAGAACAGAAUCACUGGGCUUCAAUUUUUCCACGACCUUGUAAAUAAACUUAAUAGCCAACUCCAUGGCAUCCAGGCACAGGUCUCUGAGCUGUGGUACGUGGAGGAGUAUGACGUCUUGGCACUUGCAUUGAAUGGAAGAAUGAAAGUUCACAAGCUUAACCUUGGCUGUUCAAAAGCCUGAGGAAUCCAGCAUUGACUUGAUUCCGCCAUGCAGACAUCUCUCUCUCUCUCUCUCUCGGCUGCACCAGAAGGCUCCUCGUUUCGCAAGACCUCAGCAUACAACCACUGCCUUGCCAUUAUGCAGGAUGGUCACUGUAAAAUCUGAAAUUAACAUAGGAUGUUUGUCGCAUGUAUGUACAAGUAACGUUCACCCUUAUGUAACAGUAUUACACGGAGCCCUAUUCGGCAGAUUUCCUGGAUCCUCAUUGCUCAGUGUAAAUUUGCUCCUGUCAUACACAUUGUACACACUUGUAGGUGAAUAUUUAGCUGGCAUAAAGAUAAGAGGUUCUUGAUUA